CUCCUACCAUUAUGGAAUUAUCCCCUUCUGAAAUGUCCUGUUGUGUCUGAAACACCAAACUUCCCCUCCCUUUCUGUAACUCUUUCCAAGCCCACUAAAGAUGGUCAGAGAGCUCCAAAGACUCUGUGUAAAAGGCAGAGGCUCAAAGACCGAACAAACACUGGAAUAUUCAUAAAUGCAACAGCAACUCCCCCUUCCAAGCGCUCUGCUGAAAUACAAACUGUCUUUCUCAGCAAAUGUUUUAUCUACCCUACUCUUAUGCAAGCUGGAUGAUAAUGGACUAUCAUCAUUAGCAAGGCUCUAUAUAGGGGAGCUCCCUCUUCUCUCCCACUGAGCAGGUCUUCAGGAUCAUCACACGCUUCCCAGAAGGGUUCUCCUUCCUUCAUUUGCCGGCACUUGAAUCAGUUCUUUGUCCAUCACCUCCACAAAGAUUUACAUCAAGAUCUACAGUGAGGAAUGAACAGCCUAGCGGACUCUUUGGAUGCACGCUACAAUAUUUCUCUGGGAAGUUCAGAGCAAUGUGGCAAAGAGACCCCUAUGGAGAACAUCCUUUUUGCUACUUUCUAUCUUCUGGAUUUCAUCCUAGCCUUUGUUGGCAAUGCACUGGCUCUCUGGCUUUUUAUCCGGGACCAAAAAUCAGACACACCAGCCAACAUUUUCCUGAUGCACCUCGCUGUAGCCGACCUGUUCUUUGUGCUGGUCUUACCAACCCGUCUGGUAUAUCACUUUUCAGGCAAUCACUGGCCGUUUGGAGAGAUCCCAUGCCGACUCACAGGCUUUCUUUUCUACCUCAACAUGUAUGCCAGCAUCUACUUCCUUAUGUGCAUCAGUGUAGAUCGCUUCCUAGCUAUUGUGCACCCCGUAAAGUCCAUCAAACUCCGCAGGUCACUCUACGCCCAUUUGGCCUGUGCCUUCCUAUGGGUUAUAGUCGCUGUAGCAAUGGCACCUCUUUUGGUCAGUAGGCAGACUGCUGAGUUGAACAAUACUACCAUCUGUCUGCAGCUUUAUAGAGAAAAGGCAUCUCGUCAUGCUCUUGUGUCUCUAGCUGUGGCAUUUACACUCCCAUUUUUUACCACAGUUACUUGCUAUUUAUUAAUCAUACGCAGCCUGAAGAGCGGGAACAGAGUUGAAAAACAUCUCAAGGAAAAAGCCAUCAAAAUGAUCAUCAUGGUUCUUAUGAUCUUCCUGAUCUGCUUUGUGCCCUAUCACAUAAACCGCUACAUUUAUAUCCUUAAUUAUGAUGGCAUGAAGACUUCCUGUGAAAUGCAGCGGAUCCUGGCACUUGGCAACCGCAUUACUUCCUGCCUCACCAGCCUAAAUGGUGCCCUGGAUCCAGUAAUGUAUUUCUUUGUAGCAGAAAAAUUCCAAGAAGCACUAUGUAGUUUAUUUUGCAGUAAAAAGACUGCAAGGCUGCCUUCAAGUUGCGAUGGAAAAACAAACGACAGCUCCUUAAGUGCUAAAUCUGAACUGUAAAUAUAACUGAACUUUUUAAAUAGACUUUCCUAACGAUCACAGUGACUUUUCCCAGCUAGCACAGUAGUAUUUCUCAAAGAUCACAGCCAAGCUCACGCUUCACUUUUGAAAUAGCAAGAUAUAAAACUUAGCAAUGUCACCAACAAGAGCUGAUUCUCUGUGUAAUUUCAAAAUGUGACCUGUGUUACAACAACAGUAACUACACUUCCAGUUGCCUGGUCUUAAUAAAGGGAACUGAACAACUGGGGGCUUAGAGAAAGAAGAAAGUGCUUAAUAACGACAAAUGCUCCAUUAAAAAAAGAAAGACAACCGUAACAAACAUUGAUUGCCUCAGAUAUCAAGUAAAUUUCAAGAGGCGUGUCAUUCAUAGCUUUUCCCAUCAUUCUAUGUUAUGCAUCCAGGAAAUAUGAACUAAGAAAAGCCAAAAGUCCAAUUAAAAUCAGGGAAAAUAUAGUGAGGUGUUCUGUGAAGCAACUUUGUGAAGACUGUAAAUAUGAAUUUUAUGUCACAAAGGAAAUCUACACUUUUUUCACAACUUAAACAGAGGAAGAACAUUUGAAUUCUUUACAGAGCUCAAGCAGUUGUCACACUGUCCAUCUUUUGUUUAUGCAGAACGUUGAAUGGCUUAUAAACACCAUACUAGCAUUUCAAACUUGUUGACUGGGCCUUGUUUGUAGAGUACUGUUUACAGAAACAGGAGCAGAACAAUGCUACAUAGCUUUAUGUGGCUUCAAUUCAAAUGUAUGAUUAAUGAAUUGUACAGAAGAUAAAAGCUUGCUACAAAUAGCUAAUCUAAUUGAUUUUAACUGUAAAUUGUGCUACCCUUUCUGAUGCAGUUGCUAUUACUAUAAUAUCCUAUCCCCUAUCACAGCCAUUUAAGCAGCAAAGAGAUCCUUAACACUGAGUAAUUACACCAGUUCAUCUACCCAUUGUGCUAUAAAAGCACUGCACCUGGCAUUUCAAGACUGGGCCAUAAUGAUACAGACAUAUUUUUCCAUAGCUGUUUCAACUUAGUUCCGCCUGAGGAAGAGAGAACAUCAACUCAAGUUAAUAUUCCAAGACAUCAGAUGCAAGAAAACCUGACGUUCUCUUUUAAUUACUGCACAGUGCAUUCAUUACUAGGUUGAGGUGGGCAUGUCCUCUGUAGAAUUUUUGAGCAGUCAAUUUUUAUACCUUCAUCUUCUUGUAUAUUUUCUUUUAUAAACUUGUUUAUGGUUCUUGAACAUGUAAAAAAUGUUAAAAUUCAAAGAGCAAUUAGGUCUUGUAUUGAGCAAUACUCUGUCGUUCAACUUUCCGUUAGUAAGUAUCCAGCUCAGAGGAUCCAUAGCAUCCUCCUUGUAUCAUUCGGCUCUUAGUCUAAAGGAAUUUACCCACAAUUCUGAGGGUGGUUCCCUGACUUUACCUGCAUCCUGCUGUUUGUGAUCUGUCAAUAUAUUCCCUAUCCCAUUCCUCCCAUUCUACAUAUAGCCACUUCGAAACCAUAGCCACUUUGCUAUUUCUUAUUAAAGCCUCUUGAAAUGUUACAUAUUUAGCGCUUACAAACUUCCAUGAUAUAUAAAAAGAUAAAGGUUUGUUUUGAAAGAAA